GCCUGGCAGCCCUCCCCAGAGACAAGCAACAAGGUGAAAAAAAAUGCACGGCUGUAGGUUACAGGGUGGUAGGCCUGAGAUCUCCACUUCCUCAGUCCUCUGGAAGUUGUCGGGAACAAUGUUCUUCUUGUACCUGUUGAUAGCGGGUGUCUCUGCCUUCACCAUUCAGCCCGAGGAACGCACAGUGGCUUCAGGAAACUGCCAAUUUCGUGGCAAGCAUUUCAAAACCACCUUUGGGGUGGAAGGGGAGCCAGUGGUCCUGAGGUGCCCCCAGGUGCGGUAUUGGUUGGGGGCCUCGGCUAGCCCCCGUGUCAACCUGACAUGGCGGAAAAAUGAUUCUGCUGGGAUGGCCCCAGGAGGCGAAGAGACACAAGUAUGGGUCGAGGAUGGUGCUCUCUGGAUUGUGCCAGCCUUGCAGGGGAACUCCGGCACCUACAUUUGCACCGUUAGAAAUGCCUCUUACUGUGACGAAAUGUCCAUUGAGCUCAGGGUUUUUAAGAAGACAGAAGCUUCCCUGACUUUCAUCUCAUACCCACAAAUUCUUACCUUGUCAACUUCUGGGUCAUUAGUUUGCCCUGAACUGAGUGAAUUCACCCGUAACAAAACUGACAUGAAGAUUCACUGGUACAAGGAUUCUGUCCUUUUGGAUCAAGCCAACGAGAAGUUUCUAAGUGUGCAAGGGACGACGCGCUUACUCAUACACAAUGUGUCUGUGGAGGACGGGGGCUAUUACAGCUGUGUUGUGGCAUUUGCCCACAACGGCACGCUAUACAACGUCACUAGGAACAUCAAACUCCGCAUCAACAAAAAAGAAGAGGAGACGGUUCCUGUGAUCAUCUCUCCCCACCAGACCAUUUUAGCUUCUCUGGGGUCAAGACUGACAAUCCCGUGCAAGGUGUUUCUGGGAGCUGGCGCAUGCUCGACCACCGUGCUGUGGUGGAUGGCCAAUAACACCAACAUAGAGAGCGCCUACCAGGAAGGCCGUGUGACUGAGGGGCAGCGCCUGGAAUACUCAGAAAAUAAUGAGAACUACGUUGAAGUGCCACUGAUUUUCAAUCCAGUCAUAAGAGAGGAUUUGAACACGGAUUUUAAAUGUGUUGUUCAUAAUACACUGAGUUUUCAGAUGCUGCAUACCACAGUCAAAGAAGCCUCCACAUUCUCCUGGGAGAUUGCACUGGCCCCCCUUUCACUGGUCCUCUUCGUAUUGGGGGGAAUAUGGAUGCACAGAUGGUAUAAACACAGAACUGGAAAAGCAUAUGGUUUGACAGCGUUAAAGACUGGCCAUCAAGACUUUCAAUUCUAUCCAAGUAACAUAAAGGAAAUAAAAUAAUUCAAA